CCAUGGCGCGGAAGAAGGUGCGGCCGCGGCUGAUAGCGGAGCUGGCCCGUCGCGUGCGCGCCCUGCGCGAGCAGCGGGAGCGGCCGCGCGACUCGCAGCGCUAUGCCCUGGACUACGAGACGCUGACGCGGCCGCUCUCGGGCCACCGGCUGCCCAUCCGGGCCUGGACCGACGUGCGCCGCGAAAGCCGCCUCCUCCAGCUGCUCUGCCGCCUUCCGCUCUUCGGCCAGGGUCGUCUGGUCACGCGCAAGUCCUGGCUAUGGCAGCACGACGAGCCGUGCUACUGGCGCCUCACGAAGGUCCGGCCCGACUACACUGCGCAGAACCUGGACCACGGGAAGGCCUGGGGCAUCUUGACCUUCAAAGGGAAGACGGAGAGCGAGGCCCGGGAGGUCGCACAGGUCAUGUACCACGACUGGCGGCUGGUGCCCAAGCACGAGGAGGAGGCCUUCACCGCGUUCACGCCAGGGCCCGAGGACACCCUGCGCUCCGUGCCCUACCCGCCGCUCCUUCGGGCCAUGAUUCUCGCAGAGCGGCAGAAAAAUGGGGAUACCAGCACCGAGGAGCCCAUGCUGAAUGUGGAGAGGGUACGAGUCGAUCCCUGGGACUACCCUGCAAAACAGGAGGCAAAGAGAAAGGCCAAGGGCACCCCAGUCUAAAGUACCAGACCCAGCAGUUUUUCUGAGAGGUGUAAGGCGGUGAGGACCAUUCUGACAGAAAAAUGUCUGGGUUAUGUUCGAGUCAGUUCCCUGGGAACUUGGAUUCCGCCUUCUGGUGAUUCGUUGUGAGGCUCUGCGUUUUGGUGGAGAGGGCUGGAGCAGACUUUGCCCGUGUGUCUUCCCGCUGGCCCUGCUACCCCAACACCCAGCUCUGUCUGAGGGGACACGCAGGAAGGGCUGCCGGGAGGCAGGACCAGCAGGUGUGGAGCCCCUGCGCGGGCACUGUCACGUCGUGCUGGCUCUUCUCCCCGCGAUUGUUGCUUCUGCCAGGAUCCAGGCAGCAGCUAUGCACGGGAAUAAAGACAAACAAAGCAG